AUGGAACCGAUGGAGUAAACCUAUAGCAUAUCUGAUGUCAAAGAGACUGUUGGAGGCCUCUCUGCAGGCUAGCUCAUGAUCAGAACAUUCUACAAAGAAGAAGUUCUGCUCAGGGAGUCUGAGUUCUUGUAUGGUCUUGCUGCAACUGUCAUUAACAAGGGCCUAAACGAAGGAAUCCUCGAGCCUUUGUCGAUGGAAAUUAGUGCGAUCAAGAGGGUCGUUGCCAGGCAAAUCUCUUCCCAGGUUGCUACAGGACUUAAGGCAAACGUCAAGGCCUGUGCGGUGAGCCUCAACUUUGCCAUUGACCAAUAUAGUUAGUAUUGGCUCACUCACGCUGGCUGGAAAUCAAACAUAUCUUCCGGUCUAAACAGAGCAAAGAAGAUACUUGACUCUUAGUUGGAGCUAGCCACAACCGAAUUUCAGGUGGCCGCACAGACCUACGAAGAGAGAGUUCAAUAGAUUGAUGCUGAGUUUGCUGCUAAAAUGAAAAAAUUGAGUUCUGACUUUGUAUUCAAGAAUACUUUUGACCUCUUCGCUAACUUGUUAGCCAUCUUUGAAGAUCUCAGCAUUCCUGAAAACGAAGCUGAGGCUGCUCUUGAAGCUAUCUAACUCGCAGGAAAAGUAGCUGAGCAAGCUUAAACAAUAAAAGAUGAUUUUGAGAAUAACGUUUCUGGCUUGGAAGCAUCCACAGCCGCAGCACAUAAAGAGAGGGCUGACGAGCUCAAGAAGGCAAGAACAGAAUUCAAUACAGCAAGCUCAAAGUUCAACUAAACUUCAUUGAGCAUCGCCUCGGGCAAAGCGAGCCUUGAAAGCUUAAAAAGGCUUGAAAAAUUCAGACUACAAUUCUCUGACAUACCGGCGGCCCUCAAUCACUUGGUCCAAGGCUACAAGGAAGUUGUGGCAAAAUUGGGCGAGAUAGCCAAAAUUAAAAAGAGCGCUGACUUCGUUACUGCUCUUAAAGACUACGUUGCUACUCUAAGCCUCGGUAGGGAGCAGCAAGAAUUCGAUGUCAUCAAGUCUCACUUUAUGACAGUUAGAACUGCUCCAACUUUGCCCAGCUUGGUGAAGCCAACAGUCUCAUUCGCAGGACAAACCUUUUGA